CAACUUGAACUUGAAUAUAUAUAAUGGUUCAACUCUUUGUUUAUUUUAAACAAACGCCAUUCUCUCUUUCUCUCUUUGACCAAUCCCAAACCCAAAACAAAAAAUAAAAAUGGAGGGGGAUCUGAAGCAGAAGCUGUUGAGAAGAAGAAAGGAAGAGGAAGAAGAAGAAGAAGAAGAGUUAUCAUUGGCCAAGAGGGUGUGGAAUGAGAGCAAGGUUAUGUGGAUAGUGGCGGCACCAGCCAUAUUCACAAGGUUUUCCACCUUUGGAAUCAGUGUUAUAAGCCAAGCUUUUGUUGGCCAUAUUGGUUCUAAGGAAUUGGCCGCUUAUGCUCUCGUUUUCACCGUUCUCAUUAGGUUCGCCAAUGGUGUUCUGUUAGGAAUGGCGAGUGCGUUGUCAACACUUUGUGGACAAGCAUAUGGGGCAAAAGAAUAUGGCAUGAUGGGAGUGUAUCUUCAAAGAUCAUGGAUAGUUUUGUUCUUAACUGCAGUCUGUCUUCUUCCUGUGUUCAUCUUCACAAGCCCCAUUUUGUUGCUCUUGGGCCAAGAUGAGAGCAUAGCACAAGUGGCAGGAAACAUUGCUCUUUGGUCAAUCCCUGUCAUGUUUGCUUUCAUUGUCUCGUUCACUUGCCAGACAUUCCUGCAAUCUCAAAGCAAGAACAUCAUCAUUGCGUUCUUGGCGGCUUUUUCGAUAGUCAUUCACGUGUUUCUCUCCUGGCUUUUGACAAUGAAGUUCAAGUUUGGGAUUCCUGGUGCUAUGAUUUCAGCAGGCUUGGCAUACUGGAUUCCUAAUAUUGGUCAACUCAUAUUUGUCACAUGUGGUUGGUGCUCUGAUACAUGGAAAGGUUUCACAUUUUUGGCAUUCAAAGACCUCUGGCCUGUUGUCAAGAUGUCCCUUUCAGCUGGUGCCAUGUUAUGUCUUGAGCUCUGGUACAACACAAUAUUGGUUCUUUUGACGGGUAACAUGAAAAACGCGGAGGUUGAAAUUGAUGCUCUAUCCAUAUGUCUCAACAUCAAUGGAUGGGAAAUGAUGAUAUCACUUGGUUUCAUGGCUGCAGCAAGUGUUCGAGUGGCAAAUGAACUUGGAAGAGGAAGUGCCAAAGCUGCAAAGUUCUCUAUUAUUGUGUCAGUGCUCACAUCAUUGGCCAUCGGAUUCCUUCUGUUCAUAUUCUUCUUAUUUUUUAGAGAAAGACUUGCAUAUAUAUUUACCUCAAAUAAAGAGGUGGCCUUUGCUGUUGGGGAUUUGUCACCUUUGUUGUCGGUCUCUAUAUUACUGAACAGUGUUCAACCUGUACUCUCAGGAGUGGCUAUAGGAGCAGGGUGGCAAAGCAUUGUAGCAUAUGUGAAUAUGGGGUGUUAUUAUGCCAUAGGUAUUCCUGUAGGUAUUGUACUUGGUAACGUUCUGGAUUUGCAAGUCAAGGGAAUCUGGAUUGGAAUGUUGUUUGGAACGUUGAUUCAAACUAUAGUGCUAAUUGUAAUCACCUACAAAACUAAUUGGGACGAGCAGGUUACCAUUGCUCAGAAGCGUAUUAGCAGGUGGUCGAAGGUGGACAGUCCUGAUCAUGAAAAUGAAGUAGAAAGAAAAAACGUUAGCUAAUUAGUUUCAGUGUCAUCAUCUAUGUACUAUGUUGUGAUACAGCAAAAAAGUAGAUAGCAAUUGUACGUCAUUUUUUUGGUGAAGAAAUGGUUAUUUAUUGAUCAUAAAGUCUUCAAUCAAAAGUAGUGGACUUCUUUCUUACUUUUGAAUUUUUCAAUAGAGACAUUACUUUUGCUCGUACUCGAUUGACCUACUCGGUUAAUGGAUCUUUACGUGCAAGGCAUUAUUAAUGUUACAUGUUCUUAAUUCUCAACUUUAA